AUGAAAGCAAAGAGAAGCUACAAAACCCCAGCCAUGUCCACGUCCCUGCGAGUGAGCCCCUCGGUCCACGGCUACCGCUUUGACACCGCCCUGCGCAAGAAAGCCGUGGCCAACAUCUUUGAAAGCAUCAACGAAGAGUCCCUACAGAAACUCUUCAAAAACUCCGGAGACAAGAAGGCAGAGGAAAGAGCCAAGAUAAUCCUCGCCACCGACCAGGACUUGGAGGAGAAAACGAGAGCAUUAAUGGCACUAAAGCAGAGGCGAAAAGACAAGCUGCUCCAGUUCCUGACGCUUCGGAAAUACUCCAUUAAAGUUCACUGA